AUGGCGAAUAACCAAUCUGAAUUUAGACGGUGUCUUGAUUUAUUAAGUCCUUCCUCCCCAGACGAUGCUAAAUUCGCUGCGCUUAUGCUUAUACCGCGAUUUUUGCAGCAAGAUAAUGAAAAAGAUGUUAUACUUGUUUUUGAAGCAAUGGACUUUAAGUUUUUAGAAAGACUAAUGAGAACUGAAAAUUUAACGGAAGAUAAUUUGCCGGAUUAUACUUUAAAAGUGAUAGCUGUCCAUAUAUUAUCUUGUUUCUGCGUUAUAGAAGAUUUAAUGAAAAAAAAGCAACUUCACGCUCUUUCAGUUAAACAAGGCUUGACUCGCAUUGUCGAUAGCAAAACUAUAUCACAUAUUUUGCAGUGUGUAAAAAAUUCUACUAAUGUGGAAACUCGAGAUAUUAGUCUUCAAGUAAUUCACCAUACCACGAUGGGUGUAAUAACUUCGAUACCCACGGAUCGUAAUUUUUCCGAUCAAAAAAUUAUUCGAGAUUAUUUAUUUAUUAUAUUAAGCGAAUUAUCAGAUAUUUUUCGAAAAAAUCAGGAUAAAUUUAAAUUUGAUUUACUUGAACUUUUUGUACAAAUGUUUUCAUAUAUAACGGAUAAAUCAAUACAAGAUAUGUUUCAAAACGACAUAUCACGAACAAAUGUUUGGGUACAGAAUAUAAGAUAUGGUCUGAAAGAUAUUUUGAAAAGUAAAAUAGCUAUCUUAUCAUUUUGGAGCAAUUUGAAUUCAAAUACUGAAAUAGAAAAAGUUAAUGAAGAGUUCAAGUUUGCUGCUUUAGUAGUACAAUUAGCAUGCAUUGAAAUUAAAUUAAUGCUUGAUGAAUUAUCUGACCAACUGGAAAAUAAUAAGAACUAUGAAUCUGUUAAACGUCAUGAAGUUAUAUUACCAGCAUGUUAUACAAUUUUGGAAAAAACGAUAGAAUAUUUAACAAAAGUUGAAUAUAUGUUAGAUUCCAAAAAAAAAGAUGAAUUGGUGGAUCUUAUUGGAGUAAAAUUGGAUCCAGAACUAUUGCUUCGAUUAAAGAGUUCUAUUGAAUCAAGUUCAACUUUGACAGAUAAGGCAACAGCCAGUAUUCGAAUUCUUUCUGUUUGGCUUGCUGAAGAAGGAUCAUUAGAAAAAGAAGUUGUAACUGUGAUUCCAUUUUUACUUGAUUUUUGUCGUUCCAGUUUAAAUUCUCAAUAUGCGGGUGUGGAUCUUAUCAAGAUGCUGACACCGGCUUUUCUGAACUUAACAUCACAAGAUAAACCGUUAGAAACGUUUUAUUUUGAAGGGGGACCUGAGAUGAUAAUUAAUUAUUUUAUUAAAAUUUGGGAGCAUUCAAAAAUUACAAAUGAUAUAAAAGAUGAAACUGUUGAUGACUUAUUGGGUCCUCUUCAAGUUUUGUUAAAUAUUGUGGUUUUAAAAAGAGAAGAUUUUAUUACAAAGUAUAAAGUGGAAUUAAUGAAAAUUAUUAUUAUUGGGCGCAAAAUUUCAGAGAUUCUUGUUUUAAAAUUAAGAUCAACUGGAUAUUCUUUACAAGGAAAUCAAAUAAUACUUUUGGCUAAUACUUUAUUGUUAUGUCUUUUAAUAAUAUCUGGAGAUCCCUCAUCUUCUGAUCUGGUUGAAAAGGAUAUUAUAAUGAGUUUUAUUAAUGUUGCUACAACUUUUUAUGAAGAUCAAAAUAAUUUAUCUCAAAAUGAAAUUGAUGUACAAGUAAAUGAGUUGAACCUUUUAGGAAAACAAGUUCUAAGUUCUAUUUCAUCUCGUAUAUGA